AUGCAAAACAAAAAGAUGAAGGAGGUGAAGAUGGUUCAUCCUCCUCGUGUCGGAUCAACGUCCUCGACACACACAUUCGUGGAGAAAGUUCACGACACAAUGAACUCCAUUCCCGAUGAAAUGAUCAUGUGUAUAUUAGAAAAUUGUAAAAUACAUGAUGUCGUGAUAUCUUUUCAAUAUGUCAACAAACAAUUUUAUGAACAAUGUAAAAUAUACAUCAAAGAGGUCAAAAAACGAUAUUUCUUAUUUGGAGCCUAUCGAUACGAUUUACAGAAACACGAAUUGAAAUUCAUUCCUCACAUUAUUUUCCCAAAAUUUGAACUCCACGCCAGCAACGUCGACAAGAAGGAUCCUCACAUCAUUGAUCAAGAUCCACGUGAUGUAUUAUUAUUACCAACCAAUUCCAAUCAGAAUGCUCACAGCAAGACUUUUCAGCAUGAUUCCUCCACAAGUCCUCACACAAUAGAUUUACUUGUAAAUUUUAUUGCCUUAUCCAAACAAUGGAGAAAAGGAAUGAAUAAUUUCAAAUAUCAUUCCAUGCACAUGCCGUAUGAUUCUUUAUAUGCCUAUCCCAUAUUAUUAUUUUCAUUCAUGAAUGGAGUGCACUCCUCAGGAAGGCAAUAUUCAAGUGGUGGUGGGGGUGGUGGUGGUAGUUCAUUGUUGUUUCAUCACUUUCAUUCGUCUUGUUCAACAAACAAUUCCAACAAAAUAUUUUGUGUGGAUUUGGAAACUUUUUCAUGUGUGAAAUGGUGUGUGGAUUUGGAACAAUAUGUAAGGUCGCCAUUACAAGUGUGUCAGACCUUUCAAAACGAUCGACAAUUAAUUAUUAUAUUGAGGAGAGUGGACACUACAUUUGUCAUGUCAUUGCGGAAACAAACGGGACAAGUCGAAUUUAUUUACAAUGUGUCACAAGAUCAAAUGAAUGUGAUGACCAAUGAAACCUCUUCCUGUGUCCACACACACACUUCGACUACUUUUCAAAAAUGGAAACGAAAGAGUGGUAGUAGCAGUGUUUCCAAUCCUCCUCCUCCUCCUCAGCAUCAUCAUUUCAACAACAACAUGAAUUAUGUUUCUCUGUUACGCGAGCAAACAUCAUCGUUUUCAUCAUCAUCACUACCUCAUGAAACAACUCAAAAUUCCAUCAAGAAGAGAACAUUUGACUGCGCCGUACUGACCUCUCAUCAUCUCAUACUCUCUGUGUAUGGCAAUGAAUCAUCCAUUUCUUCCUUAAUUUCCAUCCAUUUGAAAACGUUCAAAACAUGUGCAAUGGCAACAUGGAAUCGACUCACCACAACUUUCAAUUUGACCAUUACAGAUCUCGAAAAUGAAUAUUCACAACGACAAAUGAAUCCUCCGAAUCGAAUCUUCUUUGAUGUGAGGCCACAAGGUUCUCAUGUGCAUUUCGUGAGUUGUAAUCUUUUCCUCAAUGAAGAGAGAACACAAGAAGAAAUUUCUGUAAAUACUAAUAAUCAUGAUACGAUGACGACGACUACUUCUUCGACUUUUGAGAAACAAGUGCCUUCAAACACAACAACCACAACAAACACAACAAACACCACUCAUCAUCACAAUUUAUUGGACUUGGAAAAUGCAACAUUUGAAUACACAGUCCCAAUCAUGAUGGGUACCAGAAAUUUACAAGUCGAUUUCACAUGUAUUGGUUCUGAGUAUUGGCUCAUGUCUGGAACUGAAAAACAGAAAUUACGAACCGAGUUGGUACAUUUGAAGAGUGGUACAAAGAUUGAAAAUACAUCGAAUCCUUUGGCCAUGUAUAUGGUGGAGAAGGACUCACAAUUAGUCGGCUUGCUUAGUGUGGAAAUUUAUGAUGUGCAUGAAAUGAGCUUUUGUCCAAUUCAAAGAGUUGAAGACGUACAAGGAGGAGAAGGAGGAACAGAUUCUUCUUCUUCUUCUUCUUGUUCGAAUCAUUGUGGAACAACAGACCCUAUUCAAAAAUAUAAUGAUCAUGAUGAGGAAAGAAGAGAAGCAGUAUCUUGUACUACAGAAGAAGCAACAACAACAACGAGACAUAACUCAAGUGUCAUUUCCAUUGGAAAUCCCUCAUGGCGCACACCAAUGGACGACUUGUCAAAAUUUUCCUAUCAACCCAACGUUCAAACCAUUGUAUUGGAAAAUAGAUUGUACGUUCUUGUGAGUGGAGGACAUGGAAUUUUCCUCUAUUGCCUCAACAUUCACAAUGGAAACCUGCUGUGGAAACAAUGCAUUAUUGAAAGCACCACCACUUCACAUUUUUCACAUUUUGAUGUUUCAUGCACUCUGAAAAGAGACGUUUGUACCAAAACACAAGGUCGAUCCAUUUGUAUUGUUGGAACUUUGGAGGAGGUUGCUUACUUCUUGGUGGAGGUUGAUGCUCAGAGUGGAGAGCGAUUGGGAAUGAAUCCACACAUGCAUGCAUGGAGUUUUCAUGAACGAUUGGUCGAGCAAACACAACAAUCACUCUCCUCGUUGACACUCAUUCCCACAUCUUUACAUGAAAAUGAUCGUGAAGACGAUGAAGACAAGAAUAAUCAUAGAACCACUUCUCCAAACAAGAAGUGUGUCAUUUGCUAA